AUGCCCGUCCGCAGUUCGACUCCACGAGAGGCGGAACAAAAGGCCGGUCUGCAAGCAGCAGCAGCCGCGUUCCCGGGAGCCAAAGGCGCCAGAGGGCCAGGAUCGCUCCCUCAGGGGCCCCGCGCCGCAGCUCCUCGUUUUGCCUCUAUGGCAGCUGGCCUCGAAACCGAGAGCGAGGUGGACACAAGGGAAAAUGAGAUUGUUGCCCCGGACUUUGCUAACAGGAACCCUCGGAACCUGGAGCAAAUGGCCCUGGCUAGGAAGGAGCGCGGCUGGAAGACGACAUGGCCCAAGCGAGAGUUCUGGCACAGGCUGCGGUUUGAGCGGACACAGCAUUACGUAGAAGCCUUUGUUGAGCGCUGCAACGGGGAUGUGGUAGUGUCUGCCUCUACCCGAGAGUGGGCCAUAAAGAGGCACCUGUACAGCCCUAGAGGAGUGACGGCGUGCAGAAACCUCGGCUACGUCAUGGCACAGCGCUGCUUGGAAGCAGGAAUCAACUUUGUGAACUUCAAAGCCAUCAUCCCCUGGGAGCGUCGCUGUGACUCGAUUCAGGAAUUUGAAAAAGCUAUGAAGGAGGGGGGUGUUGUUCUGCAGGAGCCACGAAGAAUUUAUCAAUAAAGAUAGCACAGAGACUGUCUGCAAAACUUGCACCAGAACAACAUUCAUCUGUUUAGGUGUGUGUACAGGCACACUGAAGGUCCAGAACUGGCACAAGUUGGAGCAUGGCAUCUUAUAAUAAAAUAUUUUUAAAUGGACAGAAAUGUGUCUUAUUUUUGAUUCUAAAAUUAUGAACAGA